AUGGGCGUCGCAUGUCCUCGUACGGAGGACUGCGUGCAUCCCCUGCUCUCCAAGGACGCGCGUGAAGACAUGGCGCCCAAGUCGGCUGACAUGGAAGAGUCCACGACGCUCCUGCCCUCGGCAUUUUCGCGCGUCUCGGCGGUGCUCACGUCGCAAUGUGCGUGGGUGCAGACGCUGGCCAACCAAGCGCUGCAGCGCCUGGCCGUCAAGGCACUGUCGAUGGGCCCCCUCCCCCGGCAUAUUGCCUUUAUUAUGGAUGGAAACCGGCGCUGGUCGCGGGCGAAUGGCGUGCGUGUGCCGGACGGGCACAAGAUGGGUUUCGAGGCGCUGCGGCGCGUCCUCGAGCUAUGCAUGGCGCUUGAAGGGAUCUAUAUGGUAACUGUCUAUGCUUUUGCGAUAGACAACUUUAAGCGCGACCGGGAGGAAGUGAGUGCGCUGAUGGAGCUCGCCAAGACGCGGCUGCUGGAGCUCUAUGACCAUGGCGAGGUUGUCUCUCGAUACAAGGUGCGCGUGCGCAUCGUCGGCCGGCGGCACCUCCUCCCCGGUGAUGUCCAGGAAGCAGUGAACCGGCUUGAAGAGGCGACGAAGCACAAUUCCGGCGCCAUUCUCAACAUCUGUAUGCCCUAUUCUGCCCAGGACGAGAUCUGCACCGCGGUCAACACCUGCGUAUCGCAGCAAGGAACCGUGACGCAAGAGAGCCUGGACGCUGCGCUGCUCGUGCCGACCGCCGUGCCGGUCGACCUGAUGGUCCGCACGUCGAAAGUGAACCGCCUGAGCGACUUCCUCCUGUGGCAGUGCAACGAGCAGACACAGCUGCACUUUGUCGAGCAGUACUGGCCGCUGUUUGGCGCGCGCGAGCUGAUCCCUAUCCUAUUACAAUACCAACGCGAAAAGCUACUGGGAAUCUAA